UCUAGUCUAGACUAGACAAGACUAAACUAGACUAAACUAAAUUCUAUUCCAAUAAUCUAGUUAUCUUGUCUCAGAUCAACAAUACUCACUCCUUCACACUCAUUACCCCCCCCUGAGCGAUUCAUUUCAAGUCACUCUUUGCUCAUUGUCUCUCGCUAUUUUUAGAUCUUACUCACUGAUGCAUUAUCAUGUCUCAAUAGUCGCCGUGCUUAGCGCACUGGUCCGCCUCGCCUCAGCAGAGUGUUGCACCGUCGACGAUCCCAUCGGCCCAUUCCGAACAUGCUCCCCCGUCGUCGCUGCUGCUGAUACCCCUUUUUUGGUCAAGGCAAUCAACUACACUCGCUAUCACGAUGAUCUAGGCGGCGGCACCUUUGAUCCCGACGAGAGAUGGGACAGCGUCGCCGUGUGGUUGGCGCGCCAGUCCAAUCGCGUGUGCCCCGAAGACGAGACCUUUUGCGUCGUGAGCGGUCCAGUCUGCAAACUAAUCGACUGCUUCCCUCUCUCCCAGGAUGCCAGCCGCGCGACAAACAAUGACGGUACUCUGAUCAGCGACUUCGUCGUCAGCAUUCCUGGCGGCGCGGGUCCAAAUGGGGCCUACUAUGAUCUUGCGAGCUCACUGUUUGACCGACACGACGGAUCCAAGGAUUUCACCAAAAGCGUGUGGCGCACCAUCCCGUAUGCAAGCAAUGCAUCAAGUCUGGAAUAUGACAACAACUGGCGCGGAUUCAACAUGACAGGGACGGAGAACCUGAAUGGCACCAAUAAUGACGGCUUCUAUCCAUUCGAAGUGGCUGAUUCUCACUCCUGGCCAAGUUUCGACCUACUUGAGGUGCCUUGCAGCGCGUAUGCCUGCGCUAGACGUUGUGUCCAUGAGGCUUGGUCGGGAACGUCUGUAGAUGUUCACACUGCCAAGGCCUGCAUUGACAAUUGCGAAGGUGUCGACGACGUCGUAAAUUAUUGUCCUGACGUCGGAGGCGAGCCACUAACGAUUGACCCUAAGGUGCUGGGAUUGAGUUCGGAAAAAGCUUUAGAAGCUUAUUUGCCCGACGGCUGUGUAAUGUACGAAGGCGCUGCUUUCCCAGAGGCCCAUGCUAGUUAUGUUGCAUCGACGGCCAGCGCUUCGAGUGCCGCUGCUGCGAGAACCUCAACAAGCACGACUGCGCAUGCCACGGCCAGUAGCGGGGCAAUAAGCGGUAGAAGGGAGGCUGCAAAGGUUGGCGCGGUCUUGGCUGUCAUGCCUAUCGUGGUGAAAGUGAUUAUCGCUGUAUAAUACUGGCUCACUAAUACAUGUACUUUACCCCUUCAUGCU